CAUCCGCUUUUUCAAUCUCGAACUUGUCAUCGUAUCUCAGGGUGGAUUCGGAGACAGGUUGAUCCAAGUCGCGCCGCUCUGGACGGACAAAGAUGAGGCGGUGAAAUACACACUUCAAAUUUCACCUCACGUGUAUUCCGUCUCGUCUUUUUUUUUUUAUUUUUCUUAAUCGCGACUACUGUUAAAAUGACGACCACGACAACAUUUCAAGGGAUGGAGCCCGGUGCGAAGAACAGCUCCAGGGUUCUACGUCCUCCCGGCGGUGCCUCCAACAUCUCAUUCGGCGCCGACGAGGACAAACCUCCCGCGCGCAAGGACAAGAUGGCCUCCAGCGUUUUCGCCGAGCCGGAAGACCCCUACGCCAACAGAAGGAACAACCCGCCAGGCGGGAAGCCGACGGGCGUCCUGUGCGGCGAGUCGUCGGCCCCCCUUAGGAGAGGAGCCACAAACGCCGGAAACUCUGCAGACGCCCCCUCAAUGGAUGGAAACACGCCCGUAUGCGACAAUGGAAGUGACGGCGCUGAGGCAGUCAGUGCAGCUGCAGCAGCUCCCGAGAUUCAGGAUGACCCGGCAGCGGGACCGCCCUCCGGACGCAGGAAUCCCCCGGGUGGAAAGUCCAGUCUGGUUCUUGGUUAAACGGCUGCCGAGCUCACCUCAUACUUCUUCCUCCUCCAUUUUUUUUUUCCCACACAUCUCAAACUGGGACGGUGCCUCUGAUGUCUCCCCAGUGCCGGUCCUCCUCCACAUCUCGAGUGCAUUGUUUUGAUACUUCCUUACCGGAACCAUUUUUGUACUGUUAUUUAUUUUGUUGUUGUUGUUGUUGUUGUUGACAAAAGCACUUUAUGUCUUUCCAAGUCACCUGUUUGGUCCUUCUUUUCACCUGCAGAGAGGCCCGCAAGGACCCAUCCCGCCCCCCCAGCUAUCAACGUACGGUAGUUCACCCCUCAUUUCUAUCCAACGUCACGGCACAAACUGCAGGCGACGUCGCGACCGUCGACAGAAAAGCUGUCACUUUUUGAAUUUUGAUUCAAACCAUCUUGCAUGCAGGUUUCGGUCGCGAAUCACAAAGUGAUGAGAAACGUGGGUUUUUUUUACAUUUUUCCAUGGUGGAACAUGUUGUUAUUGUGAGUGCAUGAGAAUAUGAAGCUUUCUACUGGUUAUGGUAUUUAAAAAAAAAACUAAAUAAUAAUCCGCACAGGUAGAAGAUGAACGAUCAUCACCACCGUAUUCCGCAUCCUGCCUUUUUUUAUUGUUAGUGACUCCGCGUUUGAUGUUUUAUCGCUCACGUUCACAUCGAAGCUAAGCGUGCCUCCUUUUUUUUUUUUUUGCGUUUCAAACUCCCCGUCGAGGUCGGAUUGUCCGGACGCGUGUGAAAGCGGCGAUCGGCCGCCCUUUGCGUCGCAAGCCACGGGAAUGUGCUCUUGGGCCUGAUGUUCUACGACCUGUCCUGCAUUUGACAAGUGACCUUAUGCCACAGCUCAGCCUUUUGUUUCUCCUCUCGACGUUUCUGUUCAUGGCGUCAACGCUUCCGCGGGCAAAACGGAUUCCGAACGGCCAGAGUGUUGCGCGACAUCCGCCCGUCGUGACGGCUACUACAUGUGGCAUCCUCGAUUGUUGUUGUUGUUUUUUUGUCCUCAUGCUGGAUGUUAAGUCGCUUGCAGACGUUUGAAUCGAAGAAAUGGCACAAGUGGAAAAUCUACAUUAAAAAUCAAUUCAGACCAUG